CCAUCAUAGAGGUACCGUGCGACCUUGAAACAAGUUUUCAGAACCGGGGCUCGUAUACCUCGGGCCAACAAUGCUCACGCGCCUGUCUCCAAGCAUGUAGCGCUAACCUGGCCUCGCGCAGCCUCCGGCGAUGCAAGCGGCUCGGCAAUGUGGAAUGAGGAAGCUGUGGGCUUGGCGUCUCUUGCGGCUGGUCGCCCUUCUCGUGGGCCUGCCAGGAUGCACUUUAUCACAACAAGGCUUGCCUUGGGCACUCCCUGGCCCUGCUUGGGGCAACUACACGCUAAGCAGAGAUGCCCUGGGGGCAUGGGAGGCAGCUCGCGCGUGUGCAGCAAAUGCAUCAUCGCUCGCGACAAUAUCAAGCAUUCUUUCCAACCUGGAGGAGGUCCUGGAACAAAGCUCUGACGUACUGCAGUACUGGCUGCGCCCGGAUCCGGCGGAGUACGGCACGGAGGCCAACUCCACCUCCCUGUGGAUCCUGGAUCCGUGGGGCGGCUGCCGCAGCCUGGUGGUGCAGCGCACUGUGGCGCUGACCACCCCGGGCGGAGGCGGAGGCGGCGGCAAGUCGGGCGGGUACGGCAGCGGCAGCUACGGAAACUAUGUCUUGGGGCAGGGGCUGCGGCUGGAGCUGCGGGUGGCGCCGUGCGACCGGCCGUUGCAGUACGUGUGCAUGCCGUUCGCGGCGCUGCAGGCGGAGCAGGCGGCGAUGCAGGGCGCGCCGCCGCUCAACCCCUACUGGACGCCGCAGCCGCCGCCGCUUCCGCCGGCCGCGCCGCUGCCGCCGCCGGCGGGCGACCCGCGCGCCGGCCUGGUGCCGCGCGGCUAUGUACUUGUGCGCUCCGGCAACUACCUGGGCGCCGCGGCGCCGCCGGCCAACUCCAGCUACUUCUCCACGUUGGACAGCUUCCAGGCGCAGGGGCCGGUGGUGAACCUGCUGGGCAGCUGGUCGCUGGGGGGGCUGGACGCGGUAGCCAGCGUGCAUGCGGCGGGCAGCGGCGCGCGAGACGCGGUGCACGACGCGCUAGAGACGGGUGCCGCGCCGGAUGAGUACUAUGGACAGCCGGCGGCGCCAGGCACCUGGACCACGUACCCGCUGCCGCAUGAGAACGUCAGCAUGGGCGGCGAGCUGCGGCUGUCGUACAUCGUGCGCGUGGAGGGCUGCGGCAGCAGCGGCGGCAGCAGCGGCGCGGUGCAGCGGCUGGUGCUGGUGACGGCGGCGGGCGCGCGCUACUCGCAGGGCGCGGGGCGCUGCACCGCCACCUUCAUGGAGCAGGCGCCGCUGGGUGGCUACCUGGCCGCGAUUGAGGGCGUCAUGGGCCCCCGCUCCGGCGGCGCCGGCAGCAACGCCAGCAGCAGCAGCAGCAACUUCAGCAGCGGAGGCCGCAACGUAAUUCUCCAGCUGAGCUUGGUGUGGGCGGUGCCGGACAACAUGAGCGUCACGCCCGCGUACUCCGACCCCAACUGGCCCGGCCUGGUGUUCGGCACCGGCGGCGGCCUGCGCGUGGUGUCGCAGCGCACCGCGCCGCUGCUGCCCUCGCUGCAGAGCCCCUGCGGGGCGGCGGCGCGGCCGCUGGUGCCUGCGGCGUGGCCGUCGCUAACCAGGCCCCGGGCAGAGUGCGGGCCCGGCUCCGCGCCGUCCAACGCGUCGCUGCCGUUCGCGUGCCCGUCCUUCAUGUGCUGCGGCUCCGGCGCUACGGACGGCACGCGAGGGCUGUGCGGCACGGACGCGUCCUUCUGCAAGGCGAACCUGUGCGACCGCACGUUCGGGCUGUGCCGCACCGUGGCCAGCCAGGACCUACUCAUCACCGCCGUCGAGGGCUUCUCGCCCAGCGCCGACCCCUUCUACGACGCCUCCUCCAACCCUGCCGCCGCCAUCUUCUCCAGCACGGGCACCGGCAAUGACGACCCCCUCCGCGGCGGCGGCGGCGGCGGUGGCGGCGGCGGCCGCGGCCUGCGCGACGAAUCGGAGUGGUCGUGGGGGUGGCGCCUGACGCGCGGCGCUCCGGACCGCGAGCUGCUGCGGCGCAUGUCUGAGGGCAGCCCCGAUGACCUCACCGAGCACGCCUCCUCACCGAGCUUGCUGGGCUCGCCGCCGCCGCUGGGGCCCGGCAGCGGCACCGGUGGCAGCGGCACCGGCGGCCUCAGCGGCAUGCCGCUGCUGGUGUCGACGGCGCCGCCGGUGGGCGUGGCGCCGGUGCGGGGCGGCACGCGGCUGUACGCGCUGCCGCGCAACGAGCGGGCCAUGCCGUACGACGACGCGGCGCUGGUGUGCAGGAACCUGACGGCCCUGGGUCUGACCUGGGAGCCGCUGGGGCUGCUGGACGCCCUGGCGCUGGAGGCCUCGCUGCUGGCCUCCGCCGCCCUGCUGCAGGCGCUGGACGACCGCUACGUAUGGGCAGUGCGAGACCCCGGGGACCAGCUGGGCGCCUGCACGCGCCUGGAGUUCACCGCCGGCACCGGGCGCGCCUACCUGCAGCAGGUGGCGUUGGUGGACUGCGCCACCGCCGCCCGGCCGCUGUGCCGCGCGGUGUGGCCGGGCGGCUCCAACCAGGACGAGGUCGUGGCGGGAGCGGCCAGCGCCACACGCUUCGUCAAGGGCCUACACGUCCUGACCGUCACGUCGGUGGAGGGCCGCGCGCCCAAGUCGGCCGAGGCGGGCCGCAGCGUGGGCCUGUCGGGCACCGCCUGCGCCACCGACACGAUGUCCGGCUUCCUGCCGCCCGACUACCGCCUAGCCUCGCCCGACGUCUGGGAUGACCACGUGAUUGAGUGGAACGCUAGCGGCCGGCCCGUGUUGGGCGGCACCGUGGCCAUGACCACGCCCUUCGGCGGCCUCGCGCUGCGGCCGCUGCUGACCUGGUCCGACACCGCCGCCGACGCGCCGCCCACCGCGUACGAGGCAACGUCGGCACUGGCCGUACAGUACUGCGUACUGCAAAACCGCAACGACGCCAACUUCCGCAACUACUCCCGGCCAUACUCCAGCACCGCGGCCGUGCGCGUGUACGGCAUGCCGCCGCUGGUGGUUGGCUCAACUGACGGUACCUACCUAGCCGCCCCUAACGCCUCGUACGGCGCGUCCAGCCCGCCGUCGGGAUCCGGCGUGGCUGACUACGUGUCGGCCGCCGGCGGUUGGCGGUCGUUUCAGCUGGACAUCGCCAACGGCGAGGUGGUUGUGGCGAUUGGCGGCUGCCGUGGUGGGCUGCUGGAGCAGUUGGUCAUAACUACCAGCACAGGCCGGGUGUGGGCGCCGGCCACUGGCGCCGGUUUCUCCUGCAGCGUGCCCUUCCGCUAUCAGGCGCCGCCCGGCGGCUACCUCGUAGCCAUUCAGGCCUCCGCGGGAUACUACGUGGAGAGCCUGGCGCUGGUUUGGGGCACGCCGCUGCUGCCGCCGCCGCCGCCCUCGCCCACACCCUCGCCGCCGCUGCCCUCGCCCUCUCCGCCCGCCGGCCUCCAGGAGUCCGACGCCACCAACACCACCGGCAAGGGCACCGCGGACGGCGGCAGCAUCGCCACCGGCACCGACGGCAACGGCGCCGCCCCCGCCAACGCUAACGGAACGGUCGACACCGGCGGCCGCUACUCCCCGCGCCCGGUCUACAUGAAGCCGGAACCGCAGGAGCCGCCGCCAGAGGACAAGACCAUGCGCAACGUGACCCUGGGCCUCAGCAUUUCGCUGGGUGCGGUGCUCAUCGUGGGCAUCGUUGGGCUGACGUGGUGGCUGUGGCGGACGGGCCGCUGCGGGCCCGGCGGGCGCAAGGCAGCGGCGGCGGCGGCGAUGGCGGCUUCGUCGCAGUCGUCGGACGGGCGGGGCGGCCCCGGCGCCUUCGCGACGCCCGAGGCCGCGGCGGCGGCGGCCGCGGCUGGGAUGGAGCUGUCGGCGGUGGUAGUGGAUGCAGGCGGCAAGAGCGGCAAGGGCGCGGCGUCGCUGCCCGCCACGGACAGCUCGGACUCGGGCGGGGGCGCCACCGGCGGCGGCAGCCCCUCCGGCUCGCCGCCGCUGCAGCUGCGCGCCGGUGCUGGCGGCGGCGUGGGCCUGGGUAUGGGCGGUAGCUACAACGGCGGCGGUGACGGCAGCAGCCUGGGCGCCGGCUCGGUGGCGCACGGGCCGCAGGACGCCGCAGCGCUUGAGCAGCAGAUGCACACCGCGCUGUUCCAAAAGGCGCUGUAUACCUGGCAGCCGCCCGCAGGCCCGGUCGGCGCGAUGAGUGGCGGCACUGCCACUGCCCUCGCCAGUGUUGUACCCACCGGCGGCGGCGAGCCCAGCGGCGGCGUGCUCACCUCGGGCGUCACGGACACGGUCUCCGUGGCGGGACCGGCCACACGCUCCGACGCCACCGCGUCCGGCGCGCCGUCGUCGCUCGCGCUGACGCUCACAAACGGCGGCCGCGGCGGCGCGGGGUCGUUGUCAGCCGGCGGCGGGGGCUAUUGGGGCGCCACGGACGGCUCGGGCCAUGCUGUAGUGGGCCAGGGGCCGGAGGCAAUAGCGGCGGCACAAGCCGCCAUGGCGGCGGCGGCGGGGCUAGGCGUGGUCAUGAAGGGUGUGGCCGGGCCGCCUGGUGACCGUCAGGCCCAGGCUCCCACACCGGUGGCGGCGGCGGCGGCGGCUGGCGGCGAUGUUGGUGCGCAAGCCGACGGCGUGCAGUCAGGAGCGCCUGAGGCAGCGUCGUUAGCAGCUGGAGGGCCGAGCGGGCGAAGCGCCGCCGUUGUCGUGUCCGGCACCACCGGGGCAAACUCGACAACCUCGUCAGCAGCCGCAGGGACAGGGGAUCAGGGCAGCCGGACCGGAGAGUCCUCACAGACGCCGCGGCAGCAGCAAGCAGCCGCAGCGGCGGCUGCGCUUGCGGCCGGGGUGGCGGCGGCGGUGGCGGCAGGAGAGCAGGCGGCGGGCGGGGCUACGUCACCACCGUCGCCGCCUCGGUUAGGCAACACAACCGAGCUUCUGUUGGGGCGAGAUGUAAUUGUGGACGUUGACGACCCUGCCACGUACCUCGGACACGGGACGUCGGGCGUGGUGCGGCGCGGCACGCUGCGGCAGCCGGGCGGCGGCUGGAUGCCGGUGGCAGUCAAGCUGCUCAACAGCACCACGGGGGAGCAGGCCAGCGAGUCCUACAACCGCCACCUGCGGACGCUGGUGCAGGAGGUGACCAUCCUGGGCUCCAUCCGGCACUCCAACGUGGUGCAGCUGCUGGGCGGCUCGCUGCGCCCCGGCGCCUCCUUCCUGGUGGAGGAGCUGUGCGGCAAGACGCUGAGCCACGCCAUCUACGACCCGGACACGCCGUACAGUCUCGAGCUGGUGCUGCGAUGGAGCUGCGACAUUGCGCGCGGCCUAGCUUUCCUGCACCCCAACAUCAUGCACCGAGACCUGAAACCCAGCAAUGUGCUGUUGGGCGACGGCGGCACCGCCAAGAUCAGCGACUUCGGCCUGGCUCGCUUCAAGGCGCACACCACGCUGCAUACACGGGACGCGGAGGUCGGCACGACCUGCUACAUGGCUCCCGAGUGCUUCGUGUCCACGGACGUCAAGGUCACGGCCGCCUGUGACGUGUACAGCCUGGCGGUGCUUAUGAACGAGAUGGUCACACGCGCACGGCCCUGGAGCGGCGUGCGCACGGCGGUGGUGGGCUUCAAGGUGGCCGUGGUGGGCGAGCGGCCGGACAUGCCGCCUCCCGACAGCCCGCUGUGCCCGCCCGAGCUGCGGCAGCUCAUCAUUGACUGCUGGGCGCAAGCCCCCGAGGGCCGACCGUCCAGUGCGGCGGUGCUCAGCCGGCUUGAGGCAAUGUUGGUAGCCGCCAGCACGCCAGGCGGCGCCUCGGUAGCGGCAGCGGCAGCCGCCAGCAGCCGCCGCAGCAGCGCGCGCAGCAGCGGCAGCGAGGCUGCGGCGGGGCUGGAGCAGGCGGCGGUGCCAGCGCUGGCGGCGGGCGCACCGGCUGGGGUGGCGGGUAUGGCGCCGCGCAUGGAGGCGACUGCGGCUCCGGUUGCGGGAGCGGACGUGGAUGGCGAAGCCGUGGACCCACGUGGGGUGGCAGUUGAUGUACAAUGAGGAGCAGCCGUCGGCGGCCGGGGCAUCCGGGGCAGCUGAGAACUGGGCGACCGUGCCACUGAACGCUGCUGCUGUGAGCCGUGUUGCGUGCGUGUGAUCUGGCGUGAUCCAAUUUUUUCAGGGCGAAACGCGAGUGGCAUACGGUUAAUAUUUGGUCAAGCCUAUUGAUCGCCAGUAGGCGGCGGGUCAACAUCAGCCGCAGCGAGAAGCGACUUCGCGAGUCCAUGCGGCGUGGGCUCAGCCCACUUUUCCCUUGCGAGGGAAAACCAUCUUUCUUGUUUCAGGGCGAAUGACUAACGGGUAUGGUGCGCAAGGAGCAAGCGUUGCGCGAUGGCACGUGUGACUCGUGUGACUCGGUGUCUUUGUGACGAUGGUUUGUUUUAUCGCAUUUGGUGGAUAGGCCCUGGCAUUGGUGAGACUGUUGGUGCGCCGUGUGUCCAUGCGGCCCCCUAGCCAUGGUAUCAUGGACUGCAUGCAAGCUGCUUCAUUCUGCACUACCCGUAUGCGCAGUUUGAAGAGUCGGCGCUAUGAAAGCUAGUUUGUGGGCUGGGCCCCCAGCCCACGCUCCCCGUGCUAAUGGAGACAACUGCUUGCCUUCUCACACAGCAAGUCCUAAGGAAUGGCUGUUGGCUGAAAGGAGGGGGUCGCAAGCCUGAUUAAAUUGGCAUUCCUUUGGAAGAGCAAUCAAGGGUUGCUGCGGGUGCUCGUCGACCUCCUAGGGCUGGGUUUGGGGAAAUUGUUGUGCGUGUCGUGACGUGGCCUGGAUAAGUGCGCUCAAGGUCGGGGCUGAGUAAACUCACGACGACACCUGGAUGACACAUUGUCAUGUACGGGGAAGUGAUGAACUGAAUAUGUAACGCGGGGGCACG